CUUUCUUGCCUCUCUUUACGGGUCAGCAGAGGAAGCCGCGAUCGGUCAGACACCGGGUCGCAUCUGAGCAGCAGGUCUGCGGUGGGGAGCAGACACCCUUUGGCAAGCUCACCGGACGAUCCUUGCUGCUUCCUGCAACGCCUCCUCAACUGCUUUGGUUUUCUUAUUGUUGGCGUUCUCUAUUUCGUUCUUCUGAGUCUUCUCCUCCCUGAGCACCAGGGGAUGGGGGAAUGAUCAGCACAGACUACCCUGCACCGCCGCCGCCGCCUCCUCCUCCUCCUCUUCCUCCUGCUCCUCCUGCUCCUCCUUCGGUCGGUCUCCGUGUCCCCUGACAAUCGUCGGAGCUCUGCCCAGGAUGUGGGCCCCGCUGCCCGGCCAAGCUGCGGUGUUUGCGGCCCUCUUGGCGCUGAGCACCUGCUUGACAGGAUCUCAUCUUUGCCCCCGGAGUUUAGACUGUGCCCGGGCAAGACGACACUUCUGCCAGCCAGGAAGCUCACAUUGUGGCCCAUGCCUGCGCCCUCUGGUGGAGAACUCCCAUGGCCAAUGUGUGAUCAAGAGGAGGCAUGCUCCUCAUUCUGCACAGUUCAUUAGAGGUAAGAUGAGCACUUACCCUGAGCUGGAUGAGGAGAUCAACUUCCUGUCUGCCAUCAUCAGUGAACAGAGAACUAAGUCCAGGCUGCCAGCUCCACCCUCCCAGGAUGUUUCUAAACCCAAAUCCAAGCAGCUCAGUCAGCCCAGCAACACCCAAAGAGCAUCUAUCACAGAGCAGCCCACGAGCCAGAGUGUCCCGUUCACAAGAAUGGAUCCACCCACCAACACCACAAACCACACUCCGACUUUGCUCGGCAAUCCCAUCAUCCUCCCCUACUCCUCUAAUGACCACGUCUUCAUCAUCGUGAGUAGCAUCUUCAUCGUGGCAGGUUCGCUGGCUUUGAUAGCGGCAGGGGCCUGUUGGGUCAGACUGCAGAAAGGCGUGUGUCUAACUCAGAAGCUGGACUCCCCUGCAUAUGGACUGAUCAGAGCCCAAAGCUUUGAAAAUUUGCCUGGGGACAAGAAGCUGGCCCACAGUGCCCAGAUGUAUCACUACCAGCACCAGAAGCAGCAGAUGCUUUCCCUGGAGAAGCACAGGGAUGAGCCGAAGAUUCCUGACUCAGGAGCAUCCACAGAUGAGGAGAACGAUGACGGAGAUUUCACAGUGUAUGAGUGUCCUGGAUUGGCACCUCUCAUUCAACUAUCCCUGAUUGGCCAAAAAAAAAAUCAAGUAAAUGCAGCUUUGACAGGGGAGAUGGAAGUGAAGAACCCGCUGUUUGAUGACUCCACCCUUUACCUUCAGAGGUUCCACAAGUAAACCUGGACAUUCAAAUUUUGGCACACUCCGAAUGCAGCACUUGUGUGUACAAAUAGUUUAAUUUACACACAUACACACACUCCACAUACACUGCUGUGUUCAAUCCAGUCCUUUUAAUGGGCAGGAUGAAGAGUGUGAGGUAAAUGGAGGAGGAAGAGGAGGAGGAGUGAGGCAUUCAUGGAAGUUUAAAGGACGUCACAAGGCUGGUUUCUUCUUUGAAGCUGGACUGAAUCUGGGACCAAUGUCUCCCAUUCUACAGGCACAUUCUCUUUUUUUUUUAUGUCAUUACUCUUUUUUCCCAGUUUUGUUUACAAAAUUACAAUUAGCCAAUAUCUAAGAACUCAGAAUGGCUUCUGUCAGGUAGCAGUAACACAUAUUGAAUAUGAUAUCCUUUGUUAAUAGAGAAUAGCCCUGUGCGUAGACAGUUUUCUGAUGCCGCUGAGCUACAACUAAGAAUUUCUGUCAGUUAGUUGUUAGGUCUCCACGAAUAUCCGUGUUUACUAAUCAGUAAAUACUCCUUAAUUUAUUAUGUUCUCAUUGCAAGCUUUGGUUUUAUUUAAUUAUUUUUAAAAAGAAUUUUUAAUAUUUCAAGAACACACCUCCAUGCAGCACCGUGAUCUGUUAUGUAGCCAUUGUGCUCUCAGUCUAGUUGCUCUAUGCAUGAAUUGAUGACGCUUUGUAUAAAACAUGAGUUAAUAUGCAUUUACAGUUCUUACAAGUUUCUUGUGAAAACUUGCUAAUGAUAAUUAUAUACACAAUUAUAUAUAUAUAAUUUUUAAUGAUUUCAAAGGACUUUGAAACUUCUUUACCUAGAACUCUGAAACAGAGCGAGGUCAUCCUGUAUACUGUAUAUGGUAUCUGACUAACAUGGCUGGUCCCCAUGGUUUUGUGAUCUGUAUAUAGCUGGUAAUGUGUACAGGAAAGAGAUCUUACCAUGCACUCAGUGUGCUUGUACACAUGUUCCUCUAGAUUCCCGAGUACUGUGUCAAAUAUUGAGCUGUUUGUUUCCUUAUCAUUGACUAUAAUUGCAGGGUUCCUACACAUGUGGAAAGGACAGAAAAGUAGUAAUGUUCAGGUUUUGAAAACAUAUUAUACCCAUUAUAUGUGUUGUGCAUAGUAGUUUUCAACUGAAAUGUAAUAGUUUUGUAGAUUAAGGGGAAAGCAGAGAGCAUCCACACACUAUAACAUAGCCCCUAAACUUUUAUUAGAAGUGAACAGGAAAUGUGUCAGUCCUACCAAGUCUUCUUCACACAAAACAUGACAAAAAGGUAAGGUCUAUGUUGGUAUGCAUUACAUCAUGCUGACGUCAAGGACAGCCAAUCAAGCAAAAUGAUUUAGAUAAAUACUUUUAAUAUGACAAGACACAUUUUCAUAAAACAAUAUGUAUAUUAAAUAUAUUUGAGAAUAUUUCAAAAAGAGGGGUCACAGCCUAAUAUCACAACAUUGUUCAAGAUGAUAGACCCCACGGGCUAGAAAAUAAUGGUAAGGGAGACAAAAUUCCCUCAGAAAUGUAGGGCAUACAAUCAUUACAGUUACAAGAGGAGCAGCCACAUUUCUAAUAAAAGUCUGUGACUCUUAAAUAUGUGGAAGUUGCCAAUUUGAAAGUUAAAUUUACUAGAAUAACAUCCAGAUUUGCUUAUAAUAGGCAGACACGGCAACCCUGGCCAGAAACCAUAGUAGUGAUGCACCAAUCAGGAAGUCCUCUAAUUGGUAGAUUUCAGCAAAUCAGAUGUUCCAUCCCUGUAGUACUUUGACCAGUUUUACAAUACCUACUUUGAAAAAAAUUCUGCCACUAUGAAAAUUAUCACAAAAAAUUCUUUAAAUAGAAUCUUUUCAUUAAAAUUUAGCUAUAAUCAGGAUAUAAUUCAAAUAUGUUAGUACAACUUGCAAUUCAUUAUUGAAUUCAAUACCAGAAAAAAAAAAAAUUCAGAUUUUUACAUUUUAAUUUUGUCACACAUAAGUCGCAAAAUAAAAAAAA